UCCUUCUCAUUGCUCUCAGAGUAGAGACAGGAGGAGAUAAGGGGCUGGCAAAAUCCUUGUAACCUCAGAAAGCAGAAGCUGCUCAGCACAUCCCUGCAGAGACUACACUGACCCUGUGCUGAGCCUCUAUACACAGCAUGGAACCCAACAGUCCUAGAAAGAUCCAGUUCACUGUCCCACUGCUGGAACCACAUCUGGACCCAGAGGCAGCAGAACAGAUUCGAAGACGAAGACCAACACCUGCAACAUUGGUCCUCAGCAGUGACCAGUCAUCUCCAGAAAUCGAUGAAGAACGGAGCCCAAACCCUUUACAAAAGACCACAUUAUCAAUGUCACCACAUCAGAGGAAAAAAGUGACACGUACAACACCUACAAUGAAAGAACUGCAGCUAUUAGCAGAUCAUCAUUUUUGUAAACAAGGCUCGGAAGAUGAAAGUACCCCACAGAGCCAGAACAGUGUGGAUAACAGGCCCAACUUGGGGUGUUGUUGCCAUGGUAACACAGCUCCGAUUCACGCGUCUCAGCAGAUGAGCUCAUGUCGCUGUUUUAUGCAGGAUGGCCAACAAGAGAAUAACUCACCGGGGAGGCAGCAAGAUAGUCAGCUAGACUCGUCAGAAGGAAUAUCUGCAAAGCUAUCAAGUACAGACAUAAAAGAGUCAAGAGAGAAAAAGCACAGCAGCUGCAUAACCUUUCUAGAAGACAAAUAGUACCCAAAACAACGAAAAUGAAAGAUUUAUUGUACUUCAAAUGUACCUGGAGCCAGGAAAGGACGUCACCCUCUUCAAUACAGAUGGAACCAGGCACAUAAAGGAUUCAGAACGCCUUUGUUUGGAAAUAAUGUUCACAUCUCUGCUGCUCGGGAGGCCUAUGUCUGCACUGAGUCUAGAGCAAUAAAUUGAAGGCCCCUCUAGAAGCAAAGAAACCCAGCAUUGUUUGAAAUAUUACCUCUGUCUGUUUGACUCUGUCUUCUCUUUACAUAUCUAAAAGGUGCUAGGCCCAACAUUAUAAGGACAUUUAUUUCCGUUCUGUAAGAAAUCACUCAACAAUAAAUCUUUUGGUACACUUUUCUAUGUUGAGAUCAGAACAGAUCUUUAUGAACAUCGGUCUCAAUAUUGGUCAAACCUGCAAGGUUUUUUACUUAAUCUUCAGAAAACACUUCUGCACAAAACACACAAUAAUAUAAAUAUAACAGUCUCACCUAUACACUAGAUGCACUCUUCCUGCUGGGGAGUUGUCCAUUGACUAAGGAACUGGGGCACCAUGUUAGAAUUUCCUUCUCUUUGUCUUAUACAAUGUACUAUAAAUCCAAUUUAUUCAUGGAUAUAAAAUAAAAUACCUUUAAUUGGUUUUACUAGA